AUGGAGAAAAUCAUCUACUUCUUCUACUCUGAUCUCUUUGACAGUCAUGUCCACUUGCCAUCUGAGGCAAGACGGACAUGUCAUUCCAGAGGUUCUCCCGUCCGAAAUACCACAUGCUAUCAUGUCGGUAACAAAUCGUACGGUCCCGACAGAAUAAGACCAGAACACCUGAAGAACCUUCCGCCAGUACUCAUCAACACCCUGACGAGGCUCUUUGCACGUUACCUGUCGAAAUGCAAGGUUCCUAAACAGUGGAAGACCAGCAAGACCGUGUUGUUGUAUAAGAACGGAGAUCCACAUGACAUCGGCAACUAUCGUCCAAUCUGCCUACUGUCCGUCAUCUACAAGCUCUUUACAAGAGUAAUCCUUAAUUGGAUUGAAAAAGUCUUGGAUGAAGGGCAGCCAUUCGAGCAAGCAGGGUUUCGAAAAGGAUUCAGCACGAUUGACCACAUUCACACUGCUUCGAAACUCAUCGAGGUAUCACGAGAGUACAAGAUGCCGCUCUGUCUCACCUUCAUCGACUUGAAGAAGGCCUUCGACUCAGUUGAGACGGAAGCGGUCGUGGAAGCCUUGGACAACCAAGGCGCCCCUACUCAGUACAUAAAGGUACUUCGAGAGUUGUACAGUAAAUUCACGACCGGAAUUUCGCCAUUCUACAAGAACGUCAUCAUUGACGUGAAGAGGAGAGUACGACAGGGUGAUACAAUUUCACCGAAAAUAUUCACAGCCACCCUCGAGAACGCAAUGCGAAAGUUGGAAUGGGACGACAUGGGAGUGAAGGUUGAUGGUCGGCAGCUACACCAUUCGCGCUUUGCUGAUGACAUCGUACUGAUAACACCUAGCAUCAGCUAA